GGAUGGAUGAUCCUUAAUUUCAUUUGGUCAUUCACAAGCUGCUUGUUUAUACAAUCCAGGAAGGAAGUAGGAACUCAAAACUUGAUAGAAGAUUUAAUUUCCACUCAGACAGUUCGCUUGUUCACAACACCUCAUCCAUGGCACUUGUGAGAGCAGCUCAGCAAACCCCCUCUUCUAAAGCUUUUCGAUGUUGUCGUUAUCACGUGUUCCUGAGUUUCAGAGGCCAAGACACUCGCAAGACUUUCACUGACCACCUAUACACGGCUCUUGUCAACGCCGGAUUUCGCACUUUCCGAGAUGACGAUGAAGUCGAGAGAGGAGAAGGUAUCAAGCCCGAACUGCAGAAAGCAAUCAAACACUCUAGAACUUCUGUUAUUGUGUUCUCGAAAAACUAUGCGUCGUCCAGAUGGUGCCUUGACGAGCUCGUCAUGAUCCUUGAACACAAGAGGAUCUCAGCUGACCAUGUCAUUUUACCUGUCUUCUACGACGUGGAUCCAUCCGAUGUGCGGAAGCAGACAGGAAGUCUUGCAAAGGCAUUUGCUAGACACCAAAAAACCCAACCAUCGAACAAAGAGAAGGAAUGGAGGGAGGCACUUGCAGAGGUUGCAGAUCUGGCAGGGAUGGUCUUACAAAAUCAAGGAUACGAGUCAAAGUUUAUCAACAAGAUUGUUCAAGUGAUAGGAGAAAAACUAAGGCGUAGACCCCUAAAUGUUCCCCACAUCAUGAUCGGAAUGCAUUCUCGAGUCCACGAACUGAAUUUAUGGUUACAAGAUGGAUCAGAUGAUGUCGGCAUACUUGUAAUUUAUGGCAUGAGUGGAAUAGGGAAGACAACCAUUGCAAAGUCUGUUUAUAAUACAAACUUUGAAAGAUUUGGAGGAAGCAGCUUCAUCGAAAACAUUAGAGAAAUUUCACAGCAACCUAAUGGCCUAGUUCAAAUACAAAAACAACUUCUUUAUGAUAUUUUGAUUGGGAGAAAAGUAAAAAUACAGAGUGUUAGUGAGGGAAUGACUGAGAUACAAGAUGCGAUAAGCUCUAAAAGGGUUUUUCUUGUUCUCGACGAUGUGGAUCAUAUUAGCCAAUUAGAUGUGGUGCUUGGAAUGAAAGAUCAGUUUUAUCCAGGAAGUAAAAUCAUCAUAACAACUAGGCGUGCAGGAUUGUUAAAGGCUCAUCAAGUUACUAAGGUGCAUGCAGUUCAAACUUUGGAUAACAAAGAAUCAUUGGAGCUCUUCAGUUGGCACGCUUUUGGCCGAGACCAUCCCAUUGAAGAUUACAUAGAAUAUUCAAAGAAGCUAGUCGAUCAUUGCGGAGGACUUCCAUUAGCCCUUCAAGUUUUAGGUUCUUCGUUGUUGGGGGAAAGUAUAGGUGUAUGGAAAAGUGCAUUGGAGAAAUUAAAAGCCAUUCCAAAUGGUGAAAUAGUAAAUAAGCUAAGAGUAAGUUACGAUUCUUUGCAAGAUGACCAUGACCGAAAAUUAUUCCUUCACAUUGCUUGUUUCUUUAUCGGAAAGGACAAAGAUUGCAUUGUUAAAAUACUAGAUGGAUGUGAUUUCUAUACAAUUGUUGGCAUUCAAAAUCUCAUCGAUAGAUGUUUGGUGACAAUUGAUGAAUUUGACAAGGUGCAUAUGCAUGAUCUAAUUUGUGGAAUGGGAAGAGAAGUUGUUCACCAAGAAUCGGAGGAGCCUUGGAAACGUAGUAGAAUAUGGCAUCAUAAGGAUUCCUUCAAAAUCCUGUUGGAAAAUAAUGGUACGAGAACAAUUGAAGGUCUUGUCUUUGAUAUGCAUAUGCUUCCUACGAACAUUCUCAUUUACUCAAAUGAGAUAGUCUUGGAAACCAAUGCAUUUGCAAAGAUGUGGGAACUAAAACUACUCCAUCUUGGUCAUGUACAAUUUAACGGAUCUUAUGCAGAAUUUUGCACAGGAUUAAGAUGGUUGUGUUGGACUAAGUUUCCUUUGGAUUCUAUACCCACCGAGUUUUCUUUGAGGAGCCUGGUUGUUCUUGAAAUGCGAUAUAGCAGCUUGAGGCAAGUUUGCAAAGGAACAAAAUGUCUUCCAUCAUUGAAGAUUCUUGAUCUCAGCCAUUCUCAUUCCCUUACAGAAACCACUGACUUCUCAUUCUGCCCAAAUCUAGAGAAACUUAUUCUUGUAAACUGUGUGAGCCUGAUUUAUGGAUCCAUUGGAAACCUUGAGAGACUUGUUUACCUGAAUAUGAAGGAUUGCAAAAAUCUUAAGAUGCUUCCAGAGGACAUAUGUAUGCUAAAAUUACUUGAAACACUUAUUAUAUCUGGUUGCACAAGUCUUAAUGAGUUAUCACUUGAGAUGUUGAGGAACAUUGAAUCUCUGAAAGUGCUUGAGACAGAUGAAAUUCCAUUAGGUGAACUAAGGCCUGGAAGAAGUUCAUGUAUCUUGAGUUCUUUAUCAUGCUCUUUAGUAGAUUUAAGUCUUCGGGGGUGCAAUCUUUCGAAUGAUGCCUUUCCAAGGGAAUUUAGUAAUCUAUCCUCAUUGCGAAGACUAAAUAUAGGGGACAAUCCAAUUUGUAGCCUGCCCAAUUGUAUCAAAGGUUUAACUAGGCUCAAGAAACUCUCUUUUUCGCAAUGUCAGAGUCUGAAAUUGCUUGAGGAGUUACCAAAAGUGGGCACUUUGGAAGUAGUAGGUUGUGUAUCAUUGGAAAAAAUAACAUAUCAAAGCUUUUGGUCCCGCAGACAUACCGUAUUGUGGAACAAUCCCAACCUAGUUGAGAGAGAGUAUACGUACAAGCUAGAACCCAUUGGAAGUGUUGAUGCAGAAAUGAUCAACCUUUUGGGCUUGUCAAACUUGGAAUCCAUGGCACCCAUUCGGAUGCGCAAACGAAUGUGGAUGUCCGAAAAGGAUGAUUGGAAUCCCGUCCAGGGGCUAUAUGAAAAAGGUAUAUUCAGCACAUUUUUUGCUGGGAAUGAGGUUCCAGGGCAGUUCAGCCAUAAAAGUACAAAGUCCCCGAUAUCUUUUACCGUGCCAUUACUUGACAAUCACAGAAUUCAAGGCUUGAAGGUCUUCAUUGUCUAUACAAAAUUGUAUGCUCAUUCUUCUGGUAGAGCUUUACCCGGGCCAAUAAUUACUAGAGUAAAAAAUAAGAGCAAGGGUCUGAAGUGGAUCUAUUGCCCACGAUGCUACGGUAUUCCAGGUGAAGGAGAAGACAUGAUAUGGUUAAGCCUCUGGAAGUUGGAGCAGGAGGUUCACUUAGAUGGUAGCGAUGAAGUGGUUGUUUCAGUAAUUAUGCAACCUUGGCUUCAGGUCAAGGAGUUUGGCAUCCAGCUUGUGCAGCACCUGCAAGAAGGGAAUACUAAUAUGAUGACUGUUUCCACAGAUUCUUCUUAUUAUCCAUCUGUCAAGAGUGGAGAUUCUUCUUAUCAGCCAGGAGUAUACUUGCUUUUCCGCAGAAGUAAACCAAUACAAGAUCCCAUUUGGUUUAACAAGAUCCUUGAGGACUCUGAUGAUGAAGAUACGACGGUCAAAGAAGAAGAGCAACAUUAUGAUCAGACAAUUGCAGUCACGACAGGGAGCAAUGAAUCCGGCGGCCUCCGUGGCUGGAAGGGGAAGGUGCUCAUCUCCGCAGCUUGCUUCUUUCUCACGCUUUCUCUCAUCGCCCGGUCUUCUCUCCCACACAAAAAAAAGCGACAGUCAACAAGCCGUGGAUAAACUUUGUACCCGAACUGCAUACAGUUGUUUCUUGCAUAUAUCCAAUGUUUUCCUUCCUAAGACCUAUUUCAUUUCGUAGCAUCAAAUGCAUCGAUCUUCUUCGAAUAUGUAUCACGCAAUGCAAUGUUCUCUUUUGAUUCUUUGA